ACCACCUCUGCUUGAAUUUCGAUGAGUUCUCGUUUUGUUUGAUAUAUAUUUUUUUUUUUCAAAAAAAAAUCCUUUCCGGAGUCUUAGACCGACACCGUUCACCCCCAACCAAGUCAACAUUCUCGCAACAACCUUGCCCGAGUCUCAAAACAAAAAAAACAGAAAAAGGAAUCUAUAUUUAUAGUAAAGAAACCGCAUAACAUCCGACAUUUUGAAGCUUCCUAGGUUAUUCUAAAGCCUCAUCAUUAAGCAAAUCUUUAACAGCUAUUCUUUCUUUCUUGUUUUAAUGUUCUAUUAACAGAACAUGAAGAACAUGGGCUUCUUGUGUUCAUGUUCAACAUGUACAAUUCUUGUUUUCAUUUACAUUUCUAUGUUAAUCUGUUCCAAUUUUGUAGUACAUUCAAAAGGCUUUCAAUUUGACUCACUCUUGCAGCUUCCACGAUCUGGGUCACCAAGAAUCGGACCCAGAGCUAAAGGGGUUCUCUCUGUUGGUGAUUUUGGUGCUAAAGGAGAUGGUUACCAUGAUGACACCAAGGCUUUCGAAAUUGCCUGGAAGAUAGCAUGUUCUUUCCCAGUCCGAACUAGGAUUUUAAUACCAGCUGGGUUUACUUAUCUGGUUCAUCCUGUUGAGCUUGGUGGGCCUUGCAAAUCAAAGAUCACGUUGAUGAUCUAUGGUACCAUUAUUGCUCCCAAAAGUCCUGAUGAAUGGGAUGGUUUGAAUCCUCGUAAGUGGCUCUACUUUCAAAAGGUGAACCACCUCCAUGUAGUUGGGGGAGGGACUAUCAAUGGGAUGGGACAGGAAUGGUGGGCUCAUUCGUGCAAAAGAAACAAAACAAACCCAUGUCGGCAUGCUCCAACUGCUUUGACUUUCCAUAAGUGCAAGAAUUUGAAAGUCCACAAUGUUAUGGUUGUCAACAGUCAACAGAUGCACAUAGCGUUUACUAAUUGUCGAAGGGUUACAGUAUCCAAUCUUAAAGUGAUAGCACCAGCAACUAGCCCUAAUACUGAUGGAAUCCACAUCAGUGCAUCCCGUGGUGUUGAAGUCAAGAAUAGCAUUGUCAGAACAGGAGAUGACUGCAUUUCAAUAGUUAGCAAUUCUUCCCAUGUCAAAAUCAGAAACAUUGCCUGUGGGCCUGGCCAUGGUGUAAGCAUUGGAAGCUUGGGAAAAUCAAACUCAUGGGAUCAGGUUCAUAAUGUACUUGUUGAUGGAGCUUUCAUUUCAAACACUGAGAAUGGGGUGCGGAUCAAAACAUGGCAGGGAGGUAGCGGUUAUGCCUCCAAUAUGAAGUUCCAGAAUGUAUAUAUGGACAAUGUAUCAUAUCCUAUCAUAAUUGAUCAAUAUUACUGUGAUUCAGACCUGCCAUGUGCUAACCAGACACUGGCUGUUAAAGUGGACAAUAUAUCCUUUGUGCACAUUAAAGGAACUUCAGCUACAGAAGAAGCAAUAAGAUUUGCUUGCAGUGACAGCUUGCCAUGUGAAGGAUUAUAUUUGGAAGAUAUUCAACUUGUAUCAUACACUGGGGGCGUAACUAAAUCUUUUUGUUGGGAAGCUUAUGGCUCAAGUUCUGGUCUAGUGCAGCCUGCUUCAUGCCUGAAAUGCCCUGACAGCUUCAUUAAGCAGAAAGUUCCUUCUGUCCUGGCUGUUGAUUCCUUUUGAGCAGAGAUCAUAAUACAUUUU